UCCAAGAUCCCUACAGAACCUACCGAACCUUUGUGAUCUCAACAGCCAAGUGCUUACAUAGAAUAUUUAUUCGCCGCACAAACGCAAAAGAAAAAAAAUCCUCUCGCAGACGAGAAUUCCCCACCUUUCGUCGUUGGCGCUUGUGUCCUUAUCUAUUUUAGUCCGAAGAGAACAGUAUUCAUCGCAUUUUGCAGCGCGGCAAAUCCAACCACAGCAGGCGGCGACCGGUAUUCCAACGCAUGCUACGCCUCGGCAGUUACUUCUGAGCAGUGAAAGUGAACGGUUCAAUCGUUGGUUCAUCCAAAAAGUACCUUUGUAACUACAUUUCUGGAGAUUUUUGUGACAUCCCACCAAACCACAUAGCAAAGCAGAAAUGGCCCUCGCCGAAAGCACCACCAAGACUGAAAUGACCAUCACCGAGUCGUCGACUCCGGUCAUCUCCAAGGAAGUCGUCGUCGAACGGUCCUCGGCCGGACUUUCCGAAAAGAGCGUGACUCAAUCCAAGAGCUACGGUGCCAGCAGCGAGAAGGAAAUCGUUGAAGAAGGUGCCAACUCCCUGUCCAAAACCGUCGAAAAGGCAGAAUCGGCCUUUGCCUCGGAACGCAGCGUAUCGCAGAAGGUAACCGAUACUGGCUCACUUUCUUCGUCCUCGUCGGUGAAGUCUUCCUCAUCGGUUGUCAGCAGCAAAGUGGUCUCCUCAUCAUUCAGUUCGACUACCUCUUCCAGCAUGUCCAGCAUCAAAUCUUCCUCGUUUGACUCCAGCAGUGCCAUCGAUGAGUUCUUCAAAAACUAAUAUCCAACAUUUAGCUUUAACAAUAAAUUCAAAAAGUGUGAUUGCUUGAUAUAAAAUUUUAGAUGAAGAACAUUUUCCUGGUCGAAUUUUUCUCCUGUGAGGAACUUUUAUUUUUAAACCAUUAUGUGUAUCCAAUAAGAUAAUCCAAUAAAAAUUCGCGAAAAAUAACAAAAAAA